AUGGGCAGGAAACCCGCUCCAUCUGGUCCCCCCGCGACGGGCAAGGCGUCGCUGUUGUUCUACUUCUCGUCGUCGCCUGCGGUCAAGUCGGACGAGGGAACGCCGGCGACAUCCUCGCCAAUCCGUACAGGCAUGGAACAGCUGCCCGCGCGCGCUGUCGGCGGAGGAGAAGCAGGGUCCUCUGGAUCAGGCGGGAAGGGCGAUGGCAAGGGCAAGGCGCCGCUGAGGGGCACGCAGUCGCUCAGCAGCAUCGAGAAGGGCACGCAGAAGGAGGAUGGACCUGUCGCAGGCCCCUCACGAGCAGCGAGGGCGGUGUCUGCCUCGCUCGCCUCCUCGUCGGGUACUUCGCUCGCGGCUCCUUCGACUUCAACAGCGCCGCGCAGGUCGCCCAGGUUGCUGACGCCUGCAGACGAGGAGGACGAGAACGAGGCGCGAUAUUCUGUGAGGAUGCCGGACGCCUUUGUCAAGUCUGAAUCCCUCACGCCUCGUCGCAAUCCCUCUCGCCAAUGCUCCAUCACGCCCAGCCGCCAGAUCGACCUCACUGCCUCGCCGAGCGACAAAUCUGCCAUGCUGAUGCAGGUCAAGAAGGAGAUUGCAGCGCGGAGGACGAUCGAAAUCUCGGAUUCAGAGUCGGAGGGGAGAAGGAGGGUUGGCCUGCUUGCGGGGGCGUCGGUCUCGCCGCCGAAGCGCUCGCGAGGCAGUGCCAGGAUCAGGAAGUACAAGGUGAUGCGGGACGAACUCGGGCGGGAUGUGAUGGACUUGACGAUGUCGUCGCCGUCCGCCUCGUCGUCCGUCCUCGACGACUCGGACGACAGCGAGAUCGUCGUCGUUACGCGCCCGAAGACGGCUUCUCGCACAGGCUCGACGACGCCUAGGGCGGGCGUUUCGGGCGCUCAAGGAUUGCAGAUCAAGCGGGAACCGACUGCGUCCGUCUCGCCGGCCAAACCUUCGUCUCUCGCUUCCCCUGCUCGACCCGCCGCGCCUCUCGCCUCCAGCUCGAAGCAGAACAACGGCGUCUUCAGCCCGCUCAAGAAGACUGCCGAAGAGCUCAUGCCGCCGCCCGCGUCGCCCAUGCGCAAGUCUGCGCCCUCGACUCCGAAGAAGGCGACUGGCGGUCUUCCAACGACACCCCGUCCUCUCCGUUCCGGCAGCAGGUCUCUCCCGAACGUCUUAGAGGACGACCGCGACGACUCUGGCACACGCUCCUCUCCACGUCGUCGCGCCACUCCCGCCGUCUCUGUCACGGCUGCAUCUUCCUCCUCUCCCUUGAAGCGCGCACGUCCCGACGACUCUCCCUGUCGAGGACUGCCCGACUCGCCCAACCUGCGCCUGCUUCGAAGCUCUCCGCGGCCAGAGAUGCGCUCGAACCCGUCCGACUCCUCUCUCUCCACGAUCACCCCUUCACAGCCUUCGACGCCUCGUCGCGGCUCUUGUUCUGCCGUUCACUCGCCAGUGCAGCCGAACACGGACGCCAACGCUGUUGCUGGUCCAAGCAACCUCACCUCGCCGGCGCUGCGUCGACUCGCCGACCUCGACAAGCGGGACGCCCCAAGGACGCCAGAAGGCGGCCCGAGCUACGUUCGCGACCCGACUGGAUCGCCUCUGUCGUCUCUCGCACCGACGCCGAAGCGGCCGCUCUCGCGCGCGGCAACUUGGACGAGCGGAUCGACCACCAAGCCCAGGUCGCCUCGCAAGCACAAUUUUGAGCUUAUCAUCGAGACAAAGCCGGUGCCGGGCUCUCGUACGGCGUCGUUGAAGAAGACCACGCCUGUCGCGAGGGGCAAGGGGAAGGGAAAGGCGGUUGCGGCGCCCAGCUUCAAGAAGAACGAGGUCAGGAAGGCGAGGGACGGCUUGACGAGCGAGUGGGACGCCUUCAUGCACGACGCAUCGAGCAGCGAGGGCUCGGACGACGACUCGGACGAUCGCGAGGGCAGUCCUUCGCCUGCCAAGUCGCGCAGGACGCCUCGGCGCGGUCGCACAGAAGCGUCCGACUCGGGGUCCAGCUCCUCCUCUUCCUCGAGCGAGUCAGAGGCAGAGUCGGAGGACGACGAGCUCGCCGACUUCCUCAAUCGCGCCAAGGCCCGACGCGAAGCAGGCGAGACGCUCGCCUCGACCGCCGACACUUCGCCUUUCGCUGCGACAGCGCCAACGACCGUCUCUCCUGAUCCACUCGCCGACGAACCGCGCCGCUCGAGUCGGGAGAAGCGCGAGACGGACCACUACAGCCCGUCGAAAUCCGCCAAGCGGGUCGCAUCCUCCUCGACGAAGACGUCGAAAGCCCAAAAGGUCACGAACUCGCUCGGCUUGAUGGACGACACGACGAAGCGUUCGGUCCUCCAGUUUGACAGGAUCAUGAAGGACCGCGCAGCGAGGGAGAAGAAGGGUCACACGGACGAGUGGUAUGCGAAGUGGAAGACGGAGCUGGGCCGGAAGAAAGAGGUGGAGUCCGACGAUGAUCUCGAUACUGGAUCCGACACCUCGAUGACUUCCGACCUCGAAGCACCAUCAGUUCUCGGCAGCGUCAAGCCCCUCGACUUGUCGGUCGUGACUUCCGCGCUCGCCGAAGACUCCGACGAGGACCUUCCGGCACCGGGCGCCCUCCCGGCCGCGACGAAGAAGAAGGCGGCCGCCUUGGAGAGCCUACUGAACGAGGAGACGGAGCGGGAGAAGCAAGAGAGGGAGGCAAUGGUGGAGUCGGAGGAACAGCUGGAUUUGCGGACCUUUUGGAGGCCGUCGAAGAUGUGGUCCAUCGAUCAGCAGGACAAGGCCCAGUAUGUCGGCGAUGGCUGGAGGGGGCAGAUCGCGCAGGCGCUACGAGGCAUCUUCACGUCGUCCACGCCCUUCCCGUCGGCCGUCACGCUAUUCUCGCCACUGAAUUCGGGCGGGAUCGGUUCUCCCGAAGACCACCGAGUCGCGUCCCGCUGGAUCAUCGAACUGCUCUGCGAUCCUUGCGAAACGUCCGCCGGCGACCGCCUCGUCGAUCUCCUCGCUCGCAUCGCCGCGCAUACGGCUUCCCGCUCGCAAGACGCGGAGCCCGCGUCUUCGCUCGUCGACGCCGAUUACCUUGGCAGCAUGCUGGUCAAGCUUGGAGCGAAGCCUCACGCCGUCGACGUUCCCCGAGACCGGUCGUUCUCCAGCACUCUCAGGGCUGCGGAUGAGGACUACAAUGACGAGGACGAGUUCGUUCGGGCGCCGCGUAAGGCCCAGCUGCUCUUCAGCGCUGCACAACGGAUGCCAGCAAUCCGCCGGUGGUGCAGUGUUGUGCAGGUUCUCUGCUUGCACGGGCGGUUGUUCUCGGACGAAGACGCCUCUCGCCUCGCUGUUCUCCUCAUCCGUCUUGCCGUCGACCCGCACUCCGCCUUGAUGCGUUCGACCUUCACCUGGACCCUCCAGUGCUUGUUCGCGUCGAUGCCGGCUGGCUCUGCGGCAAGGACCAACGCAUUCCGCCAGCUCGUCACUGUGUAUCGCCGUGCUCGACACUUGACGCAGGCUGUCGUGCUGCAGACGAUCCCGCACGACUCACAGGCGAACAAAUCGCUCCGCGACUGGCUCGCCUGGUCCUUCAUCGCAACCGACUCGAGUGUCGCCAACGCCCUCGCCCGCCCAUCGCUCCUCGAUAGCGUCCUCCCCUCCGUCCUUGCACUCCUCGACUCGCCGCCCGCGAAGAGCCCAUUGCGCCCGCUGGCGCUGACAGGCGAACCCCCCUUCGCCGACGCCAACCUGAUCGAGCAAGUCAAGCUCCUCGCCCUCUCCCUCACCUCGCUCGCCGACCCUCUCGUCGUUUCCGACCUUCGCGUCGAGCAUCGUAGGACGCUCGAGCCUAUCAUCCGCCGCAUCGAGACGCUCGACUCGCGUCUCCGUGCUGACGCGAGGAAAGGAUUGCAGGUCGAACGCUUGCACGCCAAGAACCUCUUGACGAGCCUCAAGUACUCGCUCACGUACCAGCUCAUGAGCGCGAGGGGCGAGAAGAGCGCCUUCGGACUGUCGGAAGAGGACGAGAAGGCGAUCAAGCGGAAGGAGACGGCGAACGGGAACGAGGCGAAGAGGCAGAAGCUGGAGCGGGAGGACGACGAGGCGGCGGGUCGCAAGCAGUCGACGCUCGACUUUUUCCGCAAGGCAGCGGUCAAGCAGGCCGCUCUCGCCCAUCCCAGCCAGGAAGAAGCGAUGGACAUGGACUCGGACGAAGAGGUGGCGGACGAGCUGUUGCGCAGCUGA